GUUAUGCGAGAGGUUUUUUGUUUGUUACUAAGACAUUAGACGUGUUAAAACUUAUUGUCUGCAGGUGAAGGCAAAAAUCAUAAAUUUUCAAUGUUUGCCACAUAAUUUUAUGAUUCGUUCUAGUUUACUGAACGUGUUUUGAUAUUCUAACAUCGAUGGGAAAACAAUCGUUGUCACAAAAUAGAUAAUGUACGCUAAGACACGUACGUGAAUACGGGCCCUGUUCUGCAAUGUCAAAGGUUAUCAGACGGUUUGUGAUGUUUCUUUGUACAAAGGAAUGGUGGGGAGUUAGUAAUGGGAGGAAGUCAUAAACAGACACUGCUAAAUUGGUGAAGUGUAUUAAUUUACUUUCCAUAUCGGUCAGUUAUUGUGAUUCCCAGUCAUGGACUACCUUACCUUAGAUGAAGAACAAGGACAUGAGAAACUGAUCGAUCAACACUCAGAAAACUGUUUCCUCUCCAGUAACAAUGAGUUGACCAUUACAAGGAUUGAUGGACAAAGAUAUUCAACCACACUGUUCAGGCCGACUGACGACCAUCACAUGGACAUAGUGGUCACACAAGGCACUUAUCGUGACUCACCCGACAAUAUCCUGGUAACACCCUCUCCAAAGAAAAAGAAAACAGUCAAGGGACGGAUACUCUCCAACCUUGCCAAAGCAUUUGUUGUGUUGAUUCUGAUUUUACUGCUAGCGAUGAUGUGUAUGGUAAUUGCAAGUGUUGUACAUAGGGUUUCUCAUGGUGCGGCAACAUUACAGCACGCCGCUAAUAAUAUCAACUUCGAUCACGUCGACGUGCAUUACGUUAACAACGAUACGAUGCUGGGCAACUUCACGUCUGGUUACUACAUUGUCAACCAUACCUCUUCCAUACUUUCUGCAUCCACUGUUACUGUACGCUUGUUUCCAUGAGGCCAAACUAUAACUAAGAACAUCAUCUGAAAUGACAGUGAAUAUUAUAUUCGUAAGUUAAGUACAUUUCAAGAUGUUAUCCGACUUGUUGUCUACGAGUUCGUAUCUAAUGUUGGAAAUAAAUAAGUCUAUGAAAAUAGUUCGUAGAGAUGGAAAGAAAUAUGUCUAUGAAAUUACUUUUAAGAAAGCAAUAACUGACUUUUUGCGAGCUUCCACAAAUUUUGCAGAAUGUGUUUGUGCUUAUUGUGAUAUAAACAGUGUCUUUCAUCUGUAAAUAUCAGAUCAAAAUAUAAUAUGCAUCACAUCUUCUUGAUUACUUUGUUUGUUAAACGUUCUCUUUUGUGAAUAAAUAUGUUAUAAAAUCCUCAUUUCAAGGUAACAUUUUACCACGGCACGAAUAUGUUUCUCGUUAAGAUUAUGUUUGUUAGUCUGAUUUGAUAUAUUAAAAAGUAAAUAACUUUCAGUCUUUAAGUUCAGACGUAUAAAGUAAUUCAUAGGGCAUGAUGCAAACUAUAUUAAAGGAACUCUGUCAUUGGUUGCAAAAAAUAAUUGAUGAUGUUUCCUGGCUCAAAUAACAACUCUCAGGAAAGUGCUCCCAUGGCUCAAGUUUAAG